AAGCACACCCCCACGAGCAAGGCUCAUGUAAGUCAACAGUUGUGGCCGGUGCAGAAUGCGUGCGUCCAGGAAGCACACCCCCAUGAGCAAGGCUCAGGUAACACACCCUCACGGGCAAGGCUCAUGCAAGUUGAGAGUAUCAACAAUUGUGGCCAGUCCAGAAUGUGUGCGUCCAGGAAGCACACCCUCAUGGGCAAGGCUCAUCCUUUCCUACACCUUUUCUAUGGCCUUCCCUACGGCCUUCCCUAUGGCCUUUCCUACGGCCUUCCCUAG